CAGGUAUGAGAAUCUAAUUAGAGAAGAAGGUUGUUGGGAUACAGUAUCAUACUCGAGUACUGUACCGCACGGUAGGCAUAUACAGAAAUGCUCGUUGUGAUGGAGGUCCUUCUACUAUAACCACAUGAAUACACAAGCAAUUAAGCUCCAUCUCCACUCCCAUCCUUCCUCAGUAUGAUACCGUAUCCACCACCGGUGCAGCACGAGCGCCGGUAUCGUACAGUACUCGUACAGCACUCUGGCAAAAAUCAUCAACCGCAUCAUAUCAUACCCCACCACCAACCAUGACAUAAACCACGCGCAGCCAAAUCAACGAAUCAGCGAUCCCCGAAAAGCCCCUCGUUUCGUUUUCCAUCCGUUUCAUUUCGCCCCCCGAGGGGCCGGCUUGGGAUUCUGUGCGGUGCACUCUAAUUAUUAUAUCAUACGCAGUCAGUCAGUCAAGGUAAAAAUAAGGGUUUGGAUAUAUAAUACGGGAAAAAAAAAGAGAGAGGAAACGAUAAGGAAAUUCCCGGCCAACCCCGGGAAUUUCAGGGAAUAACCCCCUCCCCCCCCUUUCCUUACCGUACAGUAACUCGCUCACUCAUCCACUCACUCGCUCACGUUCAUCCGAUUGUCCCUCCACCCCCCCUUUUUGUUGACACUCGAAAACAAAAUUUAGUGCUGCACAAGUACUGUACCUGUGCGAGUACUAGCGUGGUCGAGCUGAGGUUGGACGCUUUGUAUGGGGGAUGCUAUGUACUCGAGUGCCAUAUCCGACUUGAACCUCGGUCGCGCGAGUUAAAUAUCAUACGAAAAGGAGUGAUCUUUCCCCGGUUGGGGAUGAUGACGAUGCCAUGUUUUGCGCGAGUAAUCGAGUAUGCUAUGCUAUGUAUGCCACGCCGGGCUCUGCUACCGGUAUCAUAGCUACGAGCAGCUAUCGAAUGCUUAUGGCACGGGGGGUCCCAACGAAAAGGCCGCAGGGGGUCAAAGUCAAGGAUAAAAAGUCAAGGCGAAGAAAUCCAACCAUUUAUUUCUACCCGUGUUGUCAAAUAAUAAGGGCGAUACGAAUACUCGAGUACGUACAAGCGCAAGGCAAGACACCCGUGUCCCACGUUUAGUAAGAGUGAGAAUGAGCGAGAGUGUGAUGCGGGACGGUACGAGUACUGGUAACGGAGAGGCCAGCCAGCCAACCAGCCAACCAGCCAACCAACCAGCCAACCAACGCAUAACCUGCACCGAAACCGGGAGAGGUAGCUUGUAGAGAGAUACAAGUUGGGUCACGGCCUUUGCUUACGGAGAGGUACCGCAUCGAAUACAUCCACCACGGGGGGUGAAGGCUUGUGGUGAACGCGGAGGAAGAGGAGGAGGAGGAGGAGGAGGAGGUGGUGGUGGUGGUGGUGGUGAUACAAGUACGAGUACAUACCGGUAGUGGAUUCUGAGUGAGCGUAGCCUACGGUAUGUCCACUGGCAUAAGCUACCGGUAACGAUAGGUCAGCCCUCCCACUGAACCCGUUUGUGUGAGAUGAUGUGUGUACCGUAACUGUACCGUAUGUUAUGUGUAUGUGCGCGUAUAUGUAUCCUCUCCUCGCACCGGCAGCGUGAAACUACAGUAUCCGCCAGAAGGAAGAGAAAAGAAACGAAGCCUGCCAGUCAGUCCGUUAACUCGUGCCUAUCAUAACUGUACAAUACAAUAUUAGGAUGUCAUAACCCUGCCUUUUCAUUUCGUUCAUUCAUCGAGAUGUGUGGUGGUGGUGGUGGUGGUGGUUGUUCCCAUUCUACUCUGCCCUGCCCGCCCUAUCCUGCCUCAUUCUAACUUACCAUACCCAUACCACACCAUACCGGUACCAGACCAUACCAUUCCAUCCACACACGCCCCCCCCCAUAACCUCUACAUUCCCUAUCAUUUGGUACGGGCACUGUAGCUUUUUCGGUUUCACCCUUUUUAUUUUUCUUUUCUGGGUCCCCUUCUUUCUUGUCAUUUUCUUUUCUUUUCCCCUUCCUCUUCUUCUUCUCCUUCCUUUCCCUUUCCCUUGUUACUUUGUUCUUUCCUGAGCAUAACAACGUUGGAACUUUUUUAUCACUCUAGCUAUCAUUCUUUAUCAAGGUGAGCAGCUGUGUUCCUUUGUCCCCCCCCCCCUUGUUGCGGUUGAUGAUUGUCGGUCGGUUGUCGGAGGUUCUCUACUUUUCGAAGCUUCGCUUUGAUGGCUGGAGAAGGGAAGAGGGAUCAGGAACCUUUCUUUAGCCGUUUGCCUUUCUCGCCUGCCCAGCUCUGCUUGAUCUGCUUUACUUGGUGGUGUUAGUCUGGUUUACGAUGGGUACGAUGGUAGCUGCGCGUGUGAGCUACCGCACGCUGCUUAAUUACCUACACCCAUCUGCCUCCCUACCAUGUGACUCACUGAGAAGAGCAAAAAAAAAAAAAUCCAAGGAAAACGAAGAAAGAAAGAAAGAGAAGAAAAAAAAAGAGAAGGCAAAAACCGCAGGAAAUUCACCAUGCCACAGAUCACUUGAUAAAACAGGAGGAAAAGCCAACUGACUGACCCAUCCACCAGAACUCCCAAACCUUUUCUUCUUCUCCAAGCAACACUACCACCCAACAUGGCCACCACAGCAACCUCCAUGUCCGUCGCGAUCCCGACCUCCCGCCUCCACCGCGGCGGCAAAGCGACGGUAUCCGACAACAACGCGUUCACGCUCCCUGAGCCGUACUCCCACUUUCCCACGCCGCCGAACUCCAUUUCGCCCUCCCUGCCACCGGUGCCGAACCCUGUGACUGCAUCCGUGGACUCGGACAUUGACGUUCCGGACAUUGUUGCCGGGACCAGCACUACUCCCGCUCAUCACCACCACCACCAGCUGAAUGCAGCACCCGCAACCUCGUUGCUUGCUGAAACAACGGGGGCAAUCACUCCGGCCCUCCUGGCGAAAUACCACCUUCCAGAGAUUCUGCUUAGGCACGGCCCACUGGCGAUCCGACACUUGACAGCACAUCUGAUCUCUGCCAUACCGGGUUUCUCUAGUAUUCCACCGGCAAAGCAGCGGCGACUAGUGGUUGGCGCGUUGGAAGGGCGUGGUGGGGUGAGUGGGAGCGAGGGCGAGGCUGGUGGUGUCAAUGGUGACGUGGUCUUUGAAAAAGUGGGCUGGGGACGCUGGGAUGCGCGGAUGAAGUCCGAUCCACCGAGGUCCCAUCGGGGGAUAUCGCCAGCAGCUUCUGAUCACUCCAACUUCGUGAAGACGAGGGUUGGAGUUGUGGGCACGAGCUACACUGGCGAGUCGGGCAUCUUCGUGCAAUCGGAGGAGGAGGGAGAGGAGUCUAUGGAUUCAGAGGGCGUGGAGGAAGAGGACGGGGUUGAUAGGAUGUCACUGGAUGAUUCCUCGUCUUCUGAAGAUGGUGAGGAGGACGACGAUGAUGGAGACGUCACGGAUGAGGAAGACUGGGCCCAAAUGGGCGCGGCCAUGCUCAGGAAUCAAGUUGGGUCGCCGAUAUCCCCUACAGGUGGCGGGUUCGAUAACCUUCCGACGGCGUGGGGAGCUUCGGCCAGGGCUAGGGAGGAACGGGAGGCUGUAGAAGCUCUUGUUAAACUCAGCUCUGUGUGAUCCAUUUCGGUUCGGCGUAGGUUGUUUAUUUUUUCCUUUUUUACACUGUCUAUUCGGCGUAUGGGUUUCUAUUAUUCUGUCCGGAGAAAUUAAAUACAUGGCUGUGGGGAUUGGGUACUUUUAUCAUUUCUCUUUAUGUCGGGAGGGGAAACUUUGUUUUGGGCGUUUUUCUUAUAUCUUCAUCUCUCCUCUCCCUUCACUAUCAUCAGACUCAUCACUUGCAUAAACGUUUAACUAUCUCCCCCGAUUCCCCCCCCUUCUUCCACCAUUAUUGGUUGGUCUCCGUUUAAUCAUCGUCGCAUUACAUUUCUUCUUUUAUUAUAAUUCCUUUUUCCAUUUCCGGUUCCUCCCCUCCCAUUGCAUUAUAUUCCGACCCUACCCUACCCUUCCCCCCUCACAAGGAACAAACGAAACAAAAAAAACCGAAAAGCACGACCAAGAGAAAAAAAAAGGAGAAAAACAAAAAAGUUGUGGACUCAUUCAUUUGACUAUCUACAUAUCAUACUCCCCCAGAUGAACUCAGGUCUUAACUGAUACUCGGGUUCCAUCUACACCUCUACUUUUUUCUUUUCUUUUUUUCCUUACUCAUCCAUUCAUGGACACCUCUUGACUGAGAAUGGCCAUGUAUGGCAUGACAUGUAUGUACAUCAGGGUGUUUUUUUUCCUUUAAACUUUGCCCGGGGCUAGUCAGGGCAGGGCAAGAUUUCUUUCACUUUUUAUUUUUUUAUUUUUUCAUUCCCACGGUGGUGCUCCUUCAUUAAAGAGCGGAAGAGGCGGACUACGACCUAUCAGCCACGAACGUGCCUAGGCACCAUACCAGUAGU